CUGCUUGGGGCCCGGGGGCCGACCGGCAGGGGGAGAGCGGGGCGGGGUGCGGCUCCUUCCACGUGGGCCGCUGGGCAGUGACAGGAGCCGAUCGCCGCCUGCACCGCGCCUGGGACCAGCUGGGCUGUGGUUUCCUGUCCGGAGCUGCCCCGCACUGGAAGCAGGGAGAGGAUGAUCUUUGCCGCCCCUGCUAGCAGCAGCAGCCGGUGAAGGAGAGAAAAACAAGCGCAGGGAGAGCUGGGAGAGAUUAUUCAUGAUGUCUGUCAAGAAGGAAGGUGCCCAGAAGAAAUGGGCUGCCGUAAAGGAGAAACUUGGGUCCCAGGAGACUGACCAGUCAGAGGCCAACCUGGAAAAUGCAGAGCCAGAACUAUGCAUUCGCCUCCUACAAAUGCCCUCAGUAGUGAACUACUCUGGUCUCAAGAAGCGACUGGAGAGCAGCGAUGACACCUGGAUGGUCCAGUUCCUGGAGCUGAGUGGCCUAGAUCUGCUCUUAGAGGCCCUGGACAGACUGUCUGGAAGAGGAGUAUCCAGGAUUUCUGAUGCCCUGCUUCAGCUCACCUGCAUUAACUGUGUGCGAGCUCUCAUGAACUCCCACAAGGGGAUUGAAUACAUUGUCAGCAAUGAAGGCUAUGUCAGAAAACUCUCUCAAGCACUGGACACAUCUAAUGUCAUGGUCAAAAAACAGGUGUUUGACCUGCUAGCUGCACUCUGCAUUUACUCACUGGAUGGGCAUGCCCUGGCUUUGGACGCCCUGGACCAUUAUAAGACUGUGAAGAACCAGCAGUACCGAUUCAGUGUGAUAAUGAAUGAGCUCUUUGCUACGGAUAACGUGCCUUACAUGAUAACGCUGCUAAGUGUUAUUAAUGCCUUGAUCCUGGGGACUGAAGAACUAAGAAUCAGGACGCAGCUCAGAAAUGAGUUUAUAGGUCUUCAGUUGUUGGAUAUUUUAAACAAGCUAAGAGAUAUAGAGGACGAGGACCUGUUUAUCCAGUGUGAGACAUUUGAGGAGUCCAAGUCCGAAGACGACGAGGAAUUGUUAAAGAUAUGCGAUGGGAUUGACAUGAACAAUCACCAAGAGGUCUUUUCGUGUCUUUUCAAUAAAGUGAGCAGCUCUCCGGUCGCCAUCCAACUGCUGUCCAUUCUCCAGACCCUUUUGUAUUUGGAACCUUCUCAUCACUCCAACCUGUUGUUGUGGGAAUCUUUGGAAAUCUUAGCGAACAGAGCCAUUUUGCUUGCAAAUGACAUCCAAGGGAACAGCAUUGAAGAAGUCCUGGAGAGACUGUUAUCCAUAAAGAAGUGCCCAAACCAACAAAACUUAGAGCAAAAGCGAUCAGCUGAGAGAGUGAAUGAAAGCACUCAGACCGACACAGAUUUCGGGGAGUCCCUGAGUGCAGCUCAGAGCUCUGCUAUGACAGCCUUCCCUCCGGCGACAGCAGCACCUCCACUGGGGCCACCGGUAGCCACAGAGAAUGUCUCACCCUCCCAGCUACCAGCCUGCUCCACUUCACCAGGGCAGUGCAUAUCCCCGCCUAGUGCUGCUCCUCCUCCUCCCUCACCACCACUGCCCGGCAUGGCAGCUGUGGCAGCCCCUCCUCCCCCACCACCACUGCCCGGCACGGCAGCUGUGCCAGCCCCUCCUCCCCCACCACCACUGCCCGGCUCGGCAGCUGUGCCAGCCCCUCCUCCCCCACCACCACUGCCCGGCAUGGCAGCUGUGCCAGCCCCUCCUCCCCCACCACCACUGCCCGGCUCGGUAGCUGUGCCAGCCCCUCCUCCCCCACCACCACUGCCCGGCAUGGCAGCUGUGCCAGCCCCUCCCCCCCCACCACCACUGCCCAGCAUGCCUCCACCGCCUCCCCCACUGCCCGGCCUCGGAGGCAUGCCUCCUCCUCCUCCCCUACUGCCCAGCCUGAGAGGCAUACCGCCCCCUCCCCCGCCAGGAGGCAACGUGGAGGAAGUAGUGGUUGCCCACGUUGACUAUGCUUUGGGCUAUGCCAGGCCUUUCCCCAAGAAGGUGAAGACUCCGACCCUGAGAAUGAAGAAACUCAACUGGCAGAAGCUGCCCUCCAAUGUGGUGCGAGAAAGUCGCUCCAUGUGGGCGUCAGUGAGCAGUGUCAGCGAUGAAGAUAUAGAGCCUGAUUACAUGAGCAUUGAGCAGCUUUUUUGUUUUCCACAAACGAAGCCCAAAGAGAAAGCAGCUACCCCAGUGAAGGUGGAACCAAAGGAGAUCACAUUCUUAGACUCCAAGAAGAGUCUCAAUCUGAACAUAUUUUUGAAGCAAUUUAGAUGCUCAAAUGAAGAGGUAGUGGACAUGAUUCAAAAAGGGGACAGGACCAAGUUUGAUGUGGAGGUUCUGAAGCAGUUACUGAAGCUGCUACCCGAAAAGCAUGAGAUAGAAAACCUGAAAGCAUUCAAGGAAGAUAAAGCCAAGUUAGCAAGUGCAGAUCAAUUUUAUCUUCUCCUCCUCAGGGUUCCCAGCUACCAGCUCCGGAUUGAGUGUAUGCUGUCAUGUGAAGAGACCACCGUCAUGCUAGAUAUGCUACAGCCAAAAGCAGAAGCGAUCAGGAAAGCCUGUGAAGAUCUUCUAACGACCCAUCGCCUGCCAGUUUUUUGUCAACUGAUUCUCAAAGUUGGAAACUUUCUUAACUAUGGAAGUCACACUGGAGAUGCCGAUGGCUUUAAAAUUAGCACUUUACUCAAACUAACUGAAACCAAAGCAAACCAAACCCGUAUUACUCUGCUCCACCAUAUUCUGGAGGAAGUAGAGAAAAGUCACACAGACCUCCUGCAGCUUCCCAAGGACCUUGAAUGUGUCUCAAAGGCAGCCGGAAUUAACCUUGAAAUCAUACGUGCGGAAUCCAGUUCCAAUUUAAAGAAGCUGCUGGACCUUGAACGAAAGGUUUUGUCCUCGAAAGACGACGUGAAAGCCCAGUAUGAGACGCCCAUCCAGGACAGCAUAAAUGCAUCAAAGAAGUUGGAGGAGGAGUUUGAAAUCAUUGAAAGGAAGAAGGGGGAACUUGCAAAUUAUCUCUGUGAAGAUGCAAACAAGUUGUCAUUAGAAGAUAUAUUUAGCACCAUGAAAACCUUCAGGGAUCUCUUCAUUAGAGCACUAAAGGAAAACAAGGACAGGAAGGAACAAGCUGCAAAGGCAGAAAAAAGGAAGAAACAGCUGGAAGAGGAAGACGCUAAGAGACCAAAGGGAGACAAUGGGAAGAUCAUUAAGAAAGGGGCCGUGAAGCAGGAGGAGGUGUGCGUUAUUGAUGCCCUGCUGGCCGACAUAAGGAAAGGUUUCCAGUUGCGGAAAACGGUGAAGAACAAGAGUGAGCCGAACACUGCUCCUAAAGCCUCACCUGCCAAAACGCUGAAGGAGAGAGAGCCUGGAAAGAGUGUUGAUGCUUCAGAAGCAGCGAAGGAAAGUGCCUGUGAGAGCGAGCGAAAGGAUGGCAGUCAGCACACAGAAAACACUCCGGCCUCAGAAGCUGCUGCCAUUGCAAGGGCUACCGGUAAAGUUGUCAAAGAGACACCAGCUUCCAAUGAAGUGCUUCCUAAAGACGGAGCUGGAGGAAAUUCGCCACAACAGCCCUGUACUGAGAGGAGCUUCCAACAUUCAACUGAAGUUGAGGGAACCCAUCAACCCAACAGUGGAGAGAGUAUUCAGCAGAUCAACAGCUCAUGUAGCUUUCAAGAGAACGUGGAAUACAACCCCAUUGUGUUUGCGCCAGUGAACCCAGGAACCACUAUAAAGUUUGCAAGCAGCUCUUCAGGCAACUGUACUGGUUUAGGAGAGGAAUUGAAUGGAUCCAUCUCAGGAGACCAAAACAGUGAGUCUGGACCCACUCAGGUAGAAAGAGGCCCGGAGUUUAAUGUACAAACGUCACAACCAAGUGAUGCAGUUGGGAACGAGGCUAAAACCAGAGUUGAACUAGCACCUGACGGUGCUGAAAUGACUCCAACCAAAGAGUCGAGUUCUCAACAUACGGAAUUAAGGAAGACAGAGAAAGAAAAUGACCCUGCCGCAGACUCAUUGCUGGACACCUCUCAGGAGAAAUCCUUCUCAGAAGAGCCAGUGACUGAUUCUUCUUGCUCAGCAACAGUCCCUCCAGCGCAAGCACUUACUGACAAGGAAAAGCAAAGAGGGUCUGGGAAACGGAAAAAGAAGAGACGACACAGCAAAAGCCAGUCAGAGGUUGACAUUGAUACUGGAGAUAAUAAAACCAAAAGUCAUUGUGUGAUACAGUGAGGUGUCACAACAAAGCAGAAGAAUAAAUAACGAGGAGUCGGUGAAACGCUGACUAAUCCAUAUAAUGCUGCCAUUCUCUAGGAAGCACGUUUCACAGUGUUGAAAUUCCAUUACUGAUCAUGUUUGUAGUAAUAUCUUGGGAUGUAAAGUUUCUUCUAAAAUGGUCUUUCACUAAUCCUUCCUUGGGGAUUCUGUGUAUCCAGCAAAUAACCACCAGAUGCAAGAGACUUAAGCACCUUCAGAAUGUGCCUUAUGUGAAUGCUGCCAAGGUCUGAUGCUGAAAAUGCUCCAUGCCCAGAACUUCUGUGGAAGCUGAUGGGAGUUCCAUGUGUCAAGGGCUGAUAGGAAUAGGCCUCUGAUAAACUUCAUUUGGGGUCAAAUCCUGCAGUCCCUUCCUAGGCCAAACUCUUACUGAAGACAAUGAGGCCAUGGCCUGGGUAAUGAAUGCAGCAUUUUACCCCAUGAGUCAUUUUAAAGACAGCAGUGCCUCCAAAACUGAAUUAUGGGUAAAAUUAGGCACUGUCAUCAGCAUCUGAUUGGAAAUCUCUUACUUCCCAUUCUAGUGCCCCACCAACAAUUGGAACUGAUGUUGGACCAAAUAAAAGACCCAAUUCAGAUUAACAUACUUUCCCUUGCUAUCGUUUUAGACAGGGGAUAUCUAUUAAAGGAAAAUGUAUUGUAGUGAACAGCUGGCUGUUUGAACACUAAGGACUUGUCUAUAUGGAGAGUUAGUUUGUGUCAAGUUGAAGUUCAAAUGUAUAGUGCACUGGCCUUCUGCACACUAACUGGUCAUGUGGACCCUGGUACCACACACUAGACAUUUUAUGGUGCACUUUGAUCUACUCCAGUUUCAGUUUGGGGCAGUAUUCUACGUAUUUCAAAUGGGAGUAGAUCAAAGUGCACUACCGAACUUCUAGUGGGCAUUCGGAGGGUCCAUACUGCCUGUUAGUGCACGUGAUAGGCUGGGGCACUGCACUCCAGCUUGCUGUUCACUAACUCUCCAUAUACACAACUCCUAAGGCCUGGAUCCUGCAAAGACUUAAACACACAUUAACUUUAAGCAUGUGAAUAGUCCGAUGGAGUUCAGUGGAACUUCUGACAUGCAUAAAGUUAGACACAUGCAUAAGUCUUUGCAGGUUUGGGGCCUAGAGUAUCUAUUUUGUUAAAGAAACAGAAAGAGAUUUUUCUAGGGUGAUCCAUUCAUAAUAUUUAAAACUAAUAUUAUUUGGCAAAUCUCUGGUUCUGAAUAUUUAUUGCCUGCUGCAUGCACUCAAAGGCACUUGGACUCAAACUACAGAAUGUUUAGAGUCUGUUUCAGUUUAAAAGAUAGUUAUGCAAUUUGUGCUUUAAAACCGGGAACCUGCAGUAUUUUGUGUUAAGAAAUCAGAGCUUUAUUUCUGAAUUAUGUUUUAUAAUAACCUUGUACCAUAUAAUUUUGUACAUAUCGGUCAAUUUAAAAUUCUAUAUGUUUGUUCAAUCUGUAUUGCAAUAUUAGAUUGAGUGGGAACUGUGUGGAAAAUCAUUACUUUUAGCAAUCAUGCCUAUAUAAAGUAACUUGCUGAGCACAUAUAAUAGUGUUCAGGCUUAUUAAGACUUGAUCAAGGGUCAUUUACUAAACUGUACUGGACGAAGUUCAGAAUUAAAACAGGGGCUACCUUUAACUAAAAACUUUGCUUGGAGUGUGGUGAAAAUUGGUUAACCACAGCAAUUACCAGUUUAGAAUGGGCCACUGCCAUUAUCAGAUUCAGCUGCGGAAAUCCUCUGUAGCAGUGUAGCAAAGCUGCAUUUGAAAUCAAGUUCACCACUGGCGUAAACAUGUAGAGGUUCAUUAGCUUCAGUGGAGCUGCACUAUCAGCAGUGAAUGUGACCCUUCGUAUGAGAAAACACACACAUACACAAGAGCUUAGGGGUCAAUCACCGUUGUAAUGGUCAUGGCUGGAGGGCCAGCUGCACCCUGUUCCCUUUUUGGUCUCUCUGAAUGCACCCCCUCAAGUGUCCGGCCUCAUGUCUUUACCUAUCCCAGGGCGGAAUUCUACAGUUCUCCCACUCGGACUGGGACCUGGGCUUCAGUACCCUGGGAAUCAACCAUGCUUACCCAGCAGGUCUGACUGGGUUCCACACUUAUGGUUCUUCCCUUCAGGAGCCUGUGGCGUAUAGUGACAAAGCUGCCUUAUUGAAACCGGAGUAUUGUUCAUUUUACUUAUAGUAUCAAAGCAUGUAGAGAAAAAGCAUUUUAGGGCAACAAACAGUCCACACCUGUCCAUAGUACCCAAAGGCUUACCAUCCCCUCAGGGUCACCUAGUCAGGCCUAAUUUCUUCAGACAAUCCAGCCAAUGCCUGCAUCCUAGUCUGGUUCCCCCAAACAAUGACUUGUCUCUCUGCAGAGAGCACCCCUUCCUAAACUUUCAGAGUUGCUUUGUUCUCGCAUUCUUGGCCUUUGUCCCUUUGGACAAAACUAGUUUUGCAGGUUGGCUUGGGUGGAGGUAAAAUAUUGAUGCUAUAAGAGUAUGGGCAUUGCCCACUGAACAGCACUCAAGUGUUUGCUGAGAAGUGGCUUAUCCUGAGCCAAUCUUCUUCCCUUCCUGCUUGUUUUCUUUAUAGCCCCCUACUAAACUAAACCAAUAUAUUCCCAAAAGUCAGGUCAACACUCACUGUUCAUAAAUCAUGACAGAGCAGUUCCAAUUUUGUCACAGGAAUAAUUUAGCAAGAGUCCAGGUGACUGAGACAGGGUGGGAAGAGGAAGGCUGUCUGAGUGGGAUGUCUAAUUUUGGGCUGUAUUUUACCUGUGAUCUUUUCGAGAAGCUCCCAUUCAUUUUCUCCCCAAAGAACUAAGUAUUCCUCAUGAUAUCUUACUAGUUACCUCAGGACCAAAUUCAGUGCUGGUGUGUAAGCAAGGCCCUUCUAAUUUGUUUCAAUGGAGUUGCAUCCGUUUAUGCCAGCAGAGCAGUGAAUCUGGCCCUCAGAAAGAAACUCACUUUUCCUUCAAGAAUUUUAGUAAAUUUACAGCUAACAAACAAAUUAGAGUGCAUUAAACAAGCAAGCCUGUGAAAGCCACAAGCUUCUAGGUAUCAGGUUAACUCUCCAUGUCCAUUUAGCAUUAAGCAGCAUCUGCAUGAUUAAUCUAUAGUAUAAAUAAAUUCAAACACCUUUUUUUCAAGUUCCUUGCAUUAGAGGUAGGGGGGGGGGGUUCUUCUUCGUUUCAACAUUUUGAAGAAAUUUUUAAAAAUUUAGAAUUAAAAAAAAAUGGAAAAGAUAAAUUCACAACUUUCCUGUUUGUUGGGGGGUGGGGGGGAUUCCACUCUAUUUUGUAUGGUGAUUAUAACUAUAAAGUUAACAUAGUACAUUGUAGCCUAAAUAAAUAUUCCUACUGGAAUCACUAAUUUAACACAAUCUUAUCCCAGAGAAUCUCAGUCCUUCCUGCAGUGAAAAGAAAAUAAAAUAAAUCAAAUUGUGAAACUAAUAGUACAUUUCACUUUUCAGUUGCAUUCCUUUUCCACCCCUCUCCCACACCUAUACAGUGCCUAAAGCUUCAUCCUGCAAAGGCUAUGCACAUGCUUAACUUUAUGCACUUGAGUAGACACCACAGAAGUCAGUAGGACUACCCACACUCACACAGAAGUCAGUAGGACUACUCAAGUUAAGCAUGUGUGGCAAUCUUUGCAGGAUGAGAGCGUUACACUGCAAGCUCUUUGGACUGUCUCUCCUACUUGGCUAUUAAGCACGCUGUUGGUGGCAUACACUUAGUAAUAAUUUUCACAUAGUUAUUUUCUCUCAUACUGACCUUGUCUAUGAAUUUACAAUAGUUUUUGACCUUCUGAUGGUUCUAACAAUUUCCACAUUCAGUACAAUGUCAAUGGGAGUUGUAUGUAGAAUGGGGCUAGAAUGGCUUUUGCGUACAAACGUUAUGCAAGUACCAGUCUGCCAUGGUCUCUUCGUUAUUUGAUUCACUUAUUAUGUGCUAUUUGGGAGAGAAGAUUAGAAAAGCACCAAACUGUCUGUUAAGGAAAUUUACAGCUAAAUGUAAAAGUUAACCGAUUUUCAUCCCCUCUAAAUGUAAAGCUUAGUUCUACAGCUUAAUGUUUCUGGCUUUCUGUAUGUAAAGGAUUGGUUUUCUGUACACUACUCUAUUUGGAGCGCAAUAUAGAGCUUACCAAUAAUAAAUCAGCGCUAUAUGAAA